CUUUUGUACAAUACAAGGGGGUGAUGGAUAUAAAUUUAAAGAUCCCGCACAUUUAAUUGUGGAUGGCUGUAGCUGGUGUAUGCAUGGCUACUUGAAUAAAGGGAUUUUAGUUGUGUAAUAGUAGGCAGAGCCAGAUGUAUUUACAAAAUGGCGGACUUGCCUCAGUCUAAUACAUCAUGUAGACUGAUGUCAGGGGCAGGGUCAAGUGGGACUGGGCGGGGUCGAGGCACAGCCUCUCUGACUGACAACAAGACUGAGAACAAAGACACAAAGCCAAAUCCAAAAAUGUCUAAGGCACUCAGCACUUCUGCUAAAAGGAUUCAGAAAGAGCUUGCAGAAAUUACUCUAGAUCCUCCCCCAAAUUGCAGUGCAGGUCCAAAAGGAGACAAUUUAUAUGAAUGGGUGUCAACAAUUUUGGGCCCCCCUGGAUCAGUUUAUGAAGGUGGAGUUUUCUUCCUGGACAUCCAUUUUUCUCCAGAAUAUCCUUUCAAACCUCCCAAGGUAACGUUCCGUACUAGAAUCUAUCACUGUAACAUCAACAGUCAAGGUGUGAUAUGUCUCGACAUCCUGAAGGACAACUGGUCUCCAGCUCUCACCAUAUCAAAAGUGUUACUCUCCAUCUGCUCACUCCUUACUGACUGUAAUCCAGCGGAUCCCCUGGUUGGGAGUAUAGCAACACAGUAUCUACAAAACCGAGAGGAACAUGAUCGUAUUGCAAGGCUCUGGACCAAACGUUAUGCAACGUGAUGUGUGGGAGUCAAUCAUUUAUCAUGGGUGGGGAUAAGAUGUAUGUCAGACUUAUUGCAAACCUGAGAAGUUGAUUCCCAUUUAUAGAGGCAUAUUCCCUCCACCUAUUCCAGUCUCGGGAGACCUCGUGUAUCGUAUAUCAAGUGUGUGUGGUUGUAGAUUUAGUUGAGCAUUUGGUGCAAUUAUGAAUGAGAGUCUGAAUGUUGGUGUACAUUACAUAUGUACUUUUUUAAUGCAUUAUUAGGCUGCACUUUUGAAGAAAUUAUCUUGGCUUCUUGCUGAGUACUUUGGGACAGUUUCCCACUUGUCAUUUGAAAGAUGCAGUGACUUAAUUAUUAAAAAAUAGUUUAUAGUAUGUCAGUGUUCAGGUAUUCUAGUUCUUAAGUCAGUUUUCCUGUAACUCACUGCAUGGUACUAUUCAUUAAACCACAGGAAGUAUAAGCUGUUGUCAUGUACGUUGUAUUAGUUUUGAGUGGACGCAAAUUUUAUAGUGCUCAGUUUGAGGUCCAUGGAAAGGACUUAUACAGUGUAAUGGUAAUGUUUGCCAUUUAUAAGGUUUCAGGUUCCUGAUAAGCUUAUAUAUGCCAGUUUUUUAUUAUGAUUUUUUGUAGGGAAGUUAAAGUGAGUUGUGCAAUUAGGAUAUGUGGCAUGGUAUAGACAUUAAGAAUAAAUUUAAUAAAAUUACCUAAAUGUUUCUUACAGAAUCAAAUUUGUUGUGGAAUAUAUUUAAUAUCUGGCUAGUAAAGAAUGAGUUGCAGCAGUGCAUUGCCACCUUGCAUUUAUAUUUAGCUGUACUCAAACUUAAUUGAAGAAAUUUUUUUUUUUUUUUUUAUGUGUAUCCAGUGUAAUGUGACCUUCCAGAUAUUUCCUUGAAUUUUGUGAAAACUGGUUGCUUUGAAAUGUAAUUUUCUUAGUAAUGGAGAUCAAAUUACACAAUUCAAAUAUGAAAAGCAUUGAAUCAGUUCAACAUGACAAAUUCAGCAUUGUCAGUGAUAGUUUGUUCUUUGGAUGUAAAGAAUAUAAUAUGCAAAUAAAGUAAUGUCAUGGCAUU